AUGCCUUCUUUUGAACCGUCUCAAGAUGCAAUUAUGAUGCGAAAUAUUGUUGAACACCCAAAAUCGCAGGCCCUCAAUCAUCAGCUAUUUUUGUCUUCAGAAAUGCCUCAAGUUGUCAUCUCAGGUGAGAACACGGAAUCUGUGAAGUGGGAAGAAAUAGCAGCUGUGACAGAAACAAACAUGGACGUAACUUCUGUCAGUGACUCAGCAUCCUCAUCAGCUAUCAACAAUGGCAGUGUAGAAGCUACUGCGGCAGGUGUCUCCAACUUGGGGCCAGAUACUCGCUCGGGCAUUACAAAUUUCCUCUAUACCAGGUUGCUAGGUGCUAGAAUCCACACAUUUAAGGAUGAUGAAGAGCUCCGAGUUGGAGAGGAGGUUGCUCCUGAGUUGCUAAAAGCUAUCAGCCAAUCAAAAAUUGCAAUUCCCAUCUUUUCCAAGAGCUACGCCUCUAGUAAAUGGUGUCUUAAUGAGUUGGUCCAAAUGGUGGAGUGUAGUAAAAUAGGGAGACAGAAGGUUAUGCCCCUUUUUUAUGGCGUUACUCCAAAGGAGGUCCGUCAUCAAAGUGGGUCUUAUAAAGAAGCCUUUAUUUCGCAUAAGGAGAAAUUUGGUGCCAACGUUCGUAAGUGGGAAGCUGCUCUCAACUACGUAGCCUAUCUAAAAGGAUGGGACGAUUCGAAGAAGGAUAGAGGUGAAGGAGAACUGGUAGAAGAGAUUGUCCAGGAGGUUAUAAAUCAGUUGAAAAUGGCUUGUCUGCCGAUAACAGACUGCUUGGUCGGAGUUGAAAGUCAUGUGCAGAAGAUCGAUACAAUGAUGUGUGUUGAUUCGAAAGACAUAAGAAUUCUUGGAAUCCAUGGUAUGGGGGGCGUUGGAAAGACUACUCUUGCCAAAAUCAUCUACAACCGGCUGUCACAUCAUUUUGAAGCUUGUUGCUUCCUUUCUGACAUCAGGGGAACUUCAGAGCUUAAGGGCAUCGAAGUUUUGCAAAAUCAACUAAUCUCCGAUGUUCUCAAAAGAAAGGGGUCAAACAUUAGCAAUGUUGAGGAAGGAAUCAAGAUAAUACAAAAUAGUUUACGCGAUAGAAAGGUUCUGGUACUACUUGAUGAUGUCGAUCAAAUGGCUCAUUGGGAUGCACGAUAG